UCUGUAUCUCACCCCCGCACUCUUGCGCAAUGCUGUUCUUCAUUAAUUACAUUUUUAUGUGAUUUUUGCCACUCAGUUCCUGUUGUGGGAGGAAGAGAUUUGGAAUCAGGCAGAGCUGAGAGGUGAAUCUCCCUUCAUCCAUCCGUUUACAUCCUUUUCCGUGCUGAGAUCAGGUUUUGUGGUUUGGAUUGUGAUCAUUUUACUAUCUCCACAGCUGCAUCAUGCUGCAUCACUCCUCCGAGGUGGCCCGUCUGUAUCAGACGGAGUUCAUCCGGAGUGCCCGGGCUGUGGGCGUGCUGUGGGCAAUCUGCACGCUCUGCUUUGCCAUCAUUGAGGUGGUCAUUCUCAUCCAGCCGUCCUGGGUGGGCACACAGGAGCUGCAGUUCCGUGGAGGGGGACCGGCUCCUCCCUCCGGGACCCUGGGCCUCUUCGAAGUGUGUUUGGAGACAGACUGGCCCGUCCCGGAUUGCCGAGGGUCUCUGCACACUCUGACCCCACUGCCAGCUUUCCAGUCACCCGCUGUGCUGGUCUGCAUGUCUCUUACUAUGGUGUGGGCGAGUGUGGGAUGCCUAUGUCUGUUCAGGUUCUGCAACGCAGCAACAGUUUAUAAGAUAUGCGCAUGGUUGCAGCUGACAGCAGGAUUCUGUUUGGCCCUGGCGUGCGUGUUGUUCCCAGACUCCUGGGCCUGCGCUGAGAUGCGUGCUCUGUGUGGGGAGCGUGUGAGUAGUUUCUCUCCAGGGAACUGCUCUGUGCACUGGGCAUACAUACUCGCCAUGCUGGGGGUUAUUGAUGCUGGCAUACUGGCCACAUUGGCUUUUGUAUUAGGGAAUCGGCAAGAUGCCCUGCUGCCCGAAGAAGCCAAGGAUGGUGAGGUAACUGGAUUAUUAUUGGCAGCGUAGGCCUGACCUGAGCUGUUCUCAGAUGUUGUCAGAGACUGCAGCAUGACGUCAUGGUCCUGACAGUUCUGCUUACAUAAGCUGUCUGCAUAGAAACAGUCUCCUGGCAACCGUAUCCGAGCCCCUUCUCCCUGGACGGAGGAGCAUUAUUGUGAUCUUGUAAUAGUGGCUGUCAACAGAGAAUAGGAAACACAGAAAAGGCUUUUAAAACCUUUAGUAUGUUUCUAUUCACUGUAUAGUUAAGAUUUCUUUCAUGCACAAACAGCUGUGAGAUUAGAUGAUUUUGUCAAUAAUCAACCAGACGUUGUUAUGUCUUAUUUCUGUUUGACUGCAUUGCAAGGACCAUUAUUCAAGAUUUCUGUGAUUGUUUUUAUGUGCAUGUAUGUGUCUUAAGAUGAGAUCUACAGUUAAAUGUAGAACAGUUCCAAUAUUAGGAAUAUUAUUCAUCUGUUAAAUUAGAUUUGUUGUUUUUUUCUGUCAGCAAACCUUUUGAUAACUAAGAGGUACACUUAAAAAAUAUUUUAGCCCAUUGUUAAGAUUUAUGCAUUUCAAUUUCAUAAAAAAAUUCCAUCAUGUUGAACUGAGUAAUUAUUAACAAAAAGAAUAAAAUUUAAAAUGUUUAAAAUUUUUGUUAAAGAUUACUCAAUUCAAUUUCAUGGAAAUAUGUUAUAAAAAAAUUAAAUGCGCACAUUUUAAAAUGAUUUGGCAACACUUUACAAUAAGGUUCCAUUAGUUAACAUGAACUAACAAUGAACUAUACUUGUAAAGCAUUUAUUAAUCUUAGAUAAUGUUACUUUCGACAUAUACUAAUCAUUUUUUUUAAGUUGUAUUAGUUAACAUUAGUUAAUGCACUAUGAACUAACAUGAACUAACAAUGAACAAUUGUAUUUUUAUUAACUAACAUUAACAAAGAUUAAUAAAUGAUGUAACAAAUAUAUUGUUCAUUGUUUGUUCAUGAUACCUAAUGCAUUAACUAAUGUUAACGCAUGGAACCUUAUUGUAAAGUGUUACCAAUUAUGUUUUUGAGUUUAUUUGAUAAUCUUUAAGCUAAAGUCGGCAAAUGAUUAUGUGGUUAUAUGAUACUGUAUCUAAAACCGCAUGAAGCUGCGUUGUAAUUGAAAUGGCCUUCCUCACCCAUCAUUUUCAGUGUAACACGUCCUUAUACUGUACUAGUUUUGACUCUGUUUUGCUACUUUAUUCUCUGUUUUUUUACUCUUCAGAACUUAAAAAGGAAAUCGUUAUUGUACUCACCUUACAGUGGGUAGAUAAAUUGCUAAUACAAUGAUUUUACCGUGCCAGUACAUUAAAUGUUACAUGUGAUAUAAGAAUUAUAAUCCACUUACAAGAAAUGCAAAGUUCUAAACAAAAUAUGAUUGUUCAAAUACACUUUAUUAGCACUAACAGUGAUUUUGUUGCUUGACAAAACUUGCUGUGCAGAUUUAAGUAUUUUGGUACAAGAUUUUAUGACGGCACGAAUAUCGAAAAAGCGUUUGUAUACUCGGAGUCACGAUUUCCUUCACAAAUUCAUAAUAGUCAGAUUACAAACCUAGAGGGCAAAAAGUUUGGGACAGAGAGAUCAGUUAGUACAGAAACCCAGAUAUAGUGUUUCAUUGGCAAAACCAAGAGGAAAAAAACACAGUCCAUCAAACUUGGAUAGGACACAUAACACAUUCAUUACUGAGAAGAUGACACCACUAAAGACAACCAAUCAGAGAAAAGAGAAGACAUGAGACUUGUUUUUAAAAUGUUUUGAUUGGCUCUUUCAUGGUUAAAAGUAUAGAGUGCUGCCUGUUGUUAUAUAAAGUAGCUGUUCUGAUGUCUUGUGCCGUUUACAAGGGUCCUCUAACGGUUCUGAAUGUAUCAGUUAUUUUGUGUAAUAAUAAUAAUAAUAAUAAUAAUAAUGUUGUAAUAAAUAAACAUAUUUCAGAGA